CUGAGGAGGCGGCACGGCGGACGCUGCCCGGCAGAGGGGGAUGCAGGCGCAAGGCUAGUGGCGGUGCCGGGGCUGCCCUUUCCCCCAGCGCUGGGAGCAGAGACUCGGAGUGGGCUCCUGCCUCCCAACAACCCGGGUGCUUUUCUAUGAGAGGAAAAUUAUGGGUUCUGAAGAGAAUACCAAAGAAUUGUAUAAAAUAACCCCUACUCAGCAAGCAAUUGCCUCUUGUUGUGGAGCUAUUGUUACAUCACUCUUGGUGACACCUUUUGAUGUUGUCAAAAUUCGACUGCAAGCCCAAAGCAAUUCAUUUGCUAAUGGAAAAUGUUUUGUAUACUCCAAUGGCCUCAUGGAUCAUGUAUAUGUCUGUGAGGAUCAGAACAGCAAAUCCUGGUAUAAGAAACCUGGCCAUUUCAGAGGGAUGUUGGAUGCGUUUGUGAAAAUUAUUAAAAUAGAGGGUAUUAAAUCACUAUGGAGUGGACUUCCUCCAACGCUAAUAAUGGCAGUUCCAAGUACAGUAAUUUAUUUUACCAGCUAUGAUCAACUGAGUGAAGUUUUGAUAUCUAAACUAGGAAAAGACAAUGACCAUAUUCCAGUUCUUGCAGGCUCCAUAAGCAGAUUGGGUUCAUUAACUGUAAUAAGUCCACUGGAGUUGAUCAGAACUAAAAUGCAGUCUCGCCAAUUAUCUUACAAGCAACUGCGUAUAUACAUCAAUAAUACAGUGGCCAAAGAGGGUUGGCGUUCACUCUGGAGGGGGUGGAGUCCCACUGCUCUGAGAGAUGUACCUUUCUCAGCAAUUUACUGGUAUCACUAUGAACUCAUGAAGAAGCAGUUGUGCAAGACAUUUGAUGCACAUGAACCAACGUUUAUGAUCAGCUUUACUUCAGGGGCAGCAGCUGGCUCUAUUGCAGCUACAGUAACUUUGCCAUUUGAUGUGGUGAAAACACACAAACAAACUGAAAUUUGGGAAUAUGAGACCUUAAACUUAUCACAGAAGAGGUCCACCUCAACAUGGACAGUAAUGAAGAAAAUUGUUGCUGAGCAUGGGUUUACUGGAUUAUUUGCUGGUAUUGUUCCACGGUUGAUUAAAGUUGCUCCUGCUUGUGCCAUAAUGAUCAGCACAUAUGAAUAUGGGAAGUCCUUCUUUCGUAAAUUAAACAAACAAAAAAUACACAAAGCUAUUAAUUCUCACUCAAGCUGAGAGUGCAACGACAGUCAAGGUAUAUGGUCAAGGUUGUGCUAACUUUGACUGUUGACUAGAAUUUAAAAUAUUCCAGAGUUACCAGAUAAAAUUCAGCCAUGAAGUUUGCUAACCAGAUGCAAAUGCCUUAGCACUUCCCCCAGGCUGAUUAUGCACCUUUAUUUCUGAAUUCAAAAAAGUGUAAGAGUGCUAUGUGAUGUGUAUAUUCCUAGAACCAUUGUGUAAAAUUUCUUGUGAAUUCUCUCUUUAAAGACCAUGCUCCUAGAGAGCUAAGGAAGGAAAUUGAUAGUUUUAUAAUCAUCUUCAGAAAUGGUAAAAAAAAAAAACCUUUGAGAUUGGUCAGAAACAUGAAAUAGUAUUUGCCACCUGUAUUAAAGAAAAAACCUUUCAGUGGAAAUUGUGACUGGUAUGGAACAUGAUCAUUUCUGCCAUGCAUUUUAACAUUUCUCUAAAUAGCCUGUUUUAAAUGUAUUUAUGCUCGAGAAUCUAUUAGGAUUUGUGUUCAGAAAAACAGACAAUGUGUAAACAAACAUGCAAAGUCUUUCAUGAAUGCUCAAUCAUGUACCUAGAUAUGUUUAGAUAUUUGUCCCUUCAAUGAGUGGUUGUCUUGGCAUCAGUCAUCUUUGUUGUUGAAAGUUAGGUUAAGUAUUUCAUCAGUUUCAGUGAGACCGAUGGUAGAAGGGGGCACCACUAAAUAGCCUUGAAACAGAACCCUAAAAACCAUUUAUAUUUGGCCUACCAUAUAUGUGGUUUGAAAAUUGUAAGUAGGAGUAUGCUAUAGACCACAAAUACAAUAGUUAGAAGCCUGUAACUUUUACUCGUCCUGAAUGGAUUAGAAACUUUACAUUACACAAUCUUGAGUUAAAUAAAUAAUCAGAAUUAAGUUGUUUGCCAUGUAACCCUCUGCAUGUUUUUCACUUUGAUUCUGUUGCCAUUUAAGUUGGAAUUUCAAAGCGAAAUAAUUUAAUAUUUGGAAUCCACUGCAGAGCCAUGUAUUAAGCUGAUUAGCUGGUUUAUUUCUAAAAAUUGGAAAUCAGAUUUCCCAUUAAGAGCCUGAUGCUGGAUUUUUGCACAUCCAAAAACUCCAGAGGGAAGCUCUGUGAUGUACAAGCAAGGUAGGAGGGAGCCUGCAGGAGGGUAAAAUGUGCUACCUAUGACUGACUAGUUGUGUUCAAUCCUAUUUUUGAAGUACAGUGGCUGUUUGCUAAGGAAUUUUAAAUAUUAAGAUGUCUUGGAUUCCUUUUGGGUGCAUGCAAGAGGUAUGAUGAAAGCUUUCACAAACUAACUUCACUUCCAUAGCAUCUGAGGACCACAACCUAGUUCUUUAAGUAUUGGCAUUUAAGGUUUCUUGGGGUGAGAGGGAGAGGGGCUAAACUUUGUCAGGGGUUCAUCUUUAUCACCCAGAACUAGAGUAAGUACACAGGUGACCUUUCUACAGCCCUGAAGCAGUAAGCUAGAAAUCACCAGUUCAUUUGUGGCUCUUCAGGUUUUUAUCCGUUCAUUAAUUCUGGGCUGCUGUUUGUCCCCACUGAUCACAUUGUAGGCUUUGUUUUUGCUACAUUUUUAUGCACACUACUAGAACACCCACUUCAUAGUGACUGAGUGUUGCCUGUCCUGCUCACAGAGUUCAGUAAACUAAGAUAGUGCCCACUACAUGUUAUGUGGCCAAGGAAAGAGGGCUUUUUUUUUUCUUGUGGAAAAACACAGUCUUGCACCCAUAUUUUGCUAGCCAUCAAAGAUGAGGAUUAAGAGUCCUGCAGGUUAAAAAGCUACCUGCAUUUCUGAAGCUGAAAAAAAGAUGCAGAAUAAAGAAUAGUGUGAGGGGGCAGGAAAAUGAGUUCUCAUUCAAGUGAUCCAUGACGCAUUCUUUCUCAGGAUAAUUUACACUUUAAUAAUAUAAAAAGAAAUUGCACUUUAUGAAAAAUACAUACAUCCCAAUAAAAAAUGUGAAACGUUCACUAUUUUCAAAAUGGAGAUAGACUGUAAUACAUGGUUUAAUCAGCAUGGAAAUGAGUUCAUAUACUAGCCAUGGAUGGGAUAAAAAUGUUAAUGUUUAAUAAAAUCAAAUGUUUUCUCAU